AUGAGCGAAAUUGAGCUUAUUGGAUUUGAGGGCCGGCCUGUUCGCAUCAAUACGGGGCUUUUCAUCAAUAAUGAUUUUCAGCUAGCGACAGGAGGAUCACAGCUUGAGGUCGAGAAUCCCACUACGGGUAGCCAUCUUGCAUCUGUGUCAGCUGCACAGCGAGAAGAUGUCGAUGCCGCCGUAAGUGCAGCCAAGUCGGCAUUGCGGGGUGAAUGGGCGACUGUGAGUCCAGCUCGCAGAGGUCAGUUGCUGAAUCGGCUCGCCGACCUGAUUGAGCGGGAUGCGGAUGACCUCGCCAGCCUCGAGGCCUUGGACGCUGGUAUCUUGUUUGGGGAGUCCAAGAAUCUCCACAUUCCACAGGCUACAGAGACACUUAGGUACUUCGCCGGAUGGGCAGACAAGAUCACUGGCCAGCUGUUGAGUAUCCCACAAGGAUAUGCGUAUACCCGGAGAGAACCGCUCGGGGUGUGCGCUGCCGUUGUGCCUUGGAACGCGCCUUUAAUGAUUACUAUCUGGAAGCUGGCUCCCGCUAUCGCAGCAGGUAACGUGUUGAUCAUCAAGACACCAGAGCUCGCGCCUUUGUAUGCGCAGAAACUUGCAGCCCUCAUAAAAGAGGCAGGGUUCCCACCUGGUGUGCUCGCUAUUCUCUGUGGGUACGGCUCAGUCGCCGGUCAGGCUCUGGCUGAGCACGGCGGGGUCAAGAAGAUUGCAUUCACAGGGAGCGCCCCUGUCGGCCGGGAGAUAUUGCGAGCUGCGGCGGGUUCGAAUCUCAAGAAGGUGACAUUGGAACUAGGCGGCAAGAGCCCUUCGAUCGUGUUCUCUGACGCUGAGCUGGACAAUGCCGUAUUCUGGACGACGUUAGGAUUCACGGCCAACAAUGGACAGGUUUGUGCGGCAGGGUCGCGCAUCUAUGUCCAUGCAAACAUCUACGAUAAGUUCCUCCUCGCCUUCGCCGAGAAAUUAGCCCACACCACCCCUGGAGACCCUCUGUCAGGACAGACAACCAAAGGUCCCGUUAUUAGUCAGAGGCAGAGGGAAAAAAUUACCGAAUAUAUCCGCCAUGCAAGGGAAUCCGGUAUUCGCCUGUUGGCUGGAGGAGAUGAGAUUCCUGGGAAGGGUAACUUCGUUCCCAAUGCUGCCUUCGCCGAUGUACCUGAUGAUGCACGCAUCAUGCAAGAGGAGAUAUUUGGUCCUGUCGCCUCAAUUGCAAAGUUUAAUACUGAAGCCGAGGUCAUUGCGAAGGCCAAUGCCACCGAAUUCGGACUCAGUGCAGCCGUGUUCACCAACGAUGUUAACCGGGCACAGCGUGUUUCGGAAGCCCUGGAAUCUGGUCAAGUCACAGUUAACUGCUGGGGGAUGCUGCAUGCUAACACUCCAUUUGGAGGAGUUAAGCAGUCCGGGUUCGGCCGUGAUAUGGGUGAAGAAGCAUUGGAUGCGUGGAUGUCAACGAAGACUGUGAAGUACUUUACUCUACCGACAGCCGAUGAGAAGUAG